UACGAUACAGCUGUCAGGCUACUAAAGGACGUGAUGGCAAGGGAUGCAGAAAUAAAAAGGAAAGAGCUUGAAGAAGAAGAAAGAAAGGCGGAUGAAGCAAAGAAAGCUCUAGAGGAGGCAGAAAAGGAGGUUUUGAAAAGACAAAAGGCAGACGAGGAGGCGGCUUUGAGAAGGGCUAUUGAGGCUCGAGAUGUUGCUAAGGUUAGGUGGGCGAGAAUAUGGCCCCGGUUGCAAAUACUUAGAGCUCUAAACGGAAUAAAUGGGGAGUUGGUAGCAAAAGCAACGGAAGAAGCUAGAAAAGCAAGAGAAGAGGAAGAGAGGGCGAAAAGAUUUGAAGAGGAUCAAGCUAAAAAAGCAGCUUAUUGUAAACAGCUUUUAAAAGACGGUUUAGCAGCAGCUGCUGACGAAGGAAAUUUGGAGAGAGCAAUUAAAACGACUGAUUUGACCGUAGUUCAGACCACAAUAAUGGAUAAUGAUGAAGAGUUGCGAGAUCUUCACAUUAAAGCGAGAAACGAACUUGAGACAAUCCAAAAGGAGGCAGAGUCGAAAAGGGCGAAGGAAACAGGAGAAAAAGAGGCAGAAGAAAAAAGGCAAGAGGAAAAAAGAAUAGCAAAGGCACAAAUAAAAGAUGAGAAAGAAUUAGCAGAUGCACAACGACUUGAGGCAAUCCAAAGGGAAAAGGAGUCAGAAGAAAAGAAACAAGAGGAAGAGAGAAUAGCAGAGGCAAAACGAAAAGAGGAGGAGGAAAAAGAGGCAGAAGAAAAUAGACAAGAGAAAAAGAAAAUAGCAGAGGCCAAAAAAAUAGAGGAUGAGGAAUUGGCAGAGGCACUUCUACUUGAGGCAAUCCAAAGGGAAAAGGAGGCAGAAGAAAAGAAACAAGAUGAAGAAAGAACAGCAGAAGCAAAAAUAAAAGAGGAAGAAGCAUUGGCAGAGGCUAAACGACUUGAGGCGAUUCAAAGGGAAAAGGAGGCAGAAGAAAAAAGGGAAGAGGACGAGAGAAUAGCAGAGGCAAAAAUAAAAGAGGACGAGAGAUUGGCUGGUUUAGCUAAACUUGCAAACAUCAAGGCUUCCAUACAGACAGCCAUAUCGGAAAAAGACAUCGAGAAAUUGAAAAAGUCAAUCGCCGAAGUCAAGGACAACAAUCUUGAGGACGACUUUGCCGAUUUUCACAAGCAAGCCACCGCCAUGCUUGAACGGCUCCAAAAGAUUGAGAAAAUCAAGAAAAACAUCCAAGAACUAAAACGGCCUUUAAUCGCAGAACUAAAAAGUAUGUCCAGCCCUCCUGUCGACGUUCACCGAUCUAUGACAGCAGCAUUCAUACUGAUGGGCGAGAAUCGGGAGGACCUUAGAGAUUGGAACAACAUAGCGAUCCUUCUUGGUAAAACUGGACAAGAAUCUGUCAAAAGAAAAGUCCAGGGGUUAAAAGUCGAGGAUGUAACAGAGGAAAUGGCGGCAAAGGCAGAAAAACAAAUUCUGGGUUUAACUUCGGAUGAGGUGUAUGAAGCGAACCAAGCUGCAAGCUUGUUCUACGAUUGGGCUGAUAUGAUUUGCUUUGACAAAAAGCAAGUAGAUUGAUGGAACCCAAAGAUAGGACUCGAACUCGAAGGGGCGAAUCAAACCCAAUUUUUUAAACGCAACAUUUUGUAUCAUCAGACUGAUUCAUAUUUUGAUUUUUAGCAUUUGAAAUAGAAUACUGUGAUAAUAAAAUGGAGUAAUUAAUGAUAAAGU